GUUCGACUCCUGGCGGGAUCAUUUUUUGUUAGUACAACCAAACUCGAUGCAUCUACCGCGAAACAGUUGGAUUUUCUCACAAGAACCAAUUCUUUUUGUUUCUUUUUUGCUUUUUCGAUUGCUAGCCGAUUGGAUUUUUCUUGUUACGUACCUUAUCCGGUUUUCAGCACUUGGUCUUUUCGUAAACUCCUCAACGGUUAAGAGUCAUUUCAACGAAGUAGCCAAUUUGACGCUCUCCCUCUCUGUGAAGGAUUUGUUAAAUUUUCUUCUUUCUUAAAGAAUCGUAUCGAUUUUCUUUUGUAAAUAUACGCGCUCCUACAGGUCGAGUUUUUGUAUCACUAAAGGACUCUCAUCAUCUCUUGGCGAAUUUGUAGCUUUUUGUUUCCUUCUUCAGAUCAUUUUUUUCUUUGAAAGACUCUAGUAUUUCGGAAACACAUUCUUUCUGUCUUAUUGGAAGCACUCAAAGCCCAUCCUGCUCAUGUCUCUGCAAACCAAGUUCCUUUUCACUGUUCUCACUGUUUAAGAGGAAUUCGUUCUUGCAGUUGUUAUUGCCAUUGCUAUUUUCAUCUAUCUAUUCUCGCUGUAAGGUUAUUUACGAGUAGACGUAUAUACGACGUUUCGUUGCUCUUUGAAUUGACUAUGAUUCAAUUUGUCCUUGUUCAAAAUCGCCAUGGUAAAAACCGACUUUCAAAAUAUUACGUCCCUUUUGAUGAUGUUGAAAAAACACAGUUAAAAAGCCAGAUUCAUCGCCUCAUAUCCGAAAGAACGCAAAAAUACCAAGCAAAUUUCUUAGAAUGGAGGAACAGCAAACUUGUCUAUCGUCGUUAUGCCGGACUCUAUUUUUGUUUUUGUGUUGACACUACGGAUAAUGAUUUGGCAGUUUUAGAAAUGAUCCAUUUUUUCGUCGAGAUUUUAGAUUCUUUCUUUGGAAACGUAUGCGAGUUAGAUCUCAUAUUUAAUUUCUACAAAGUUAGCGCUAUUUUGGAUGAAUUUCUCCUAGGAGGUGAAAUUGGUGAGUCCAACAAAACUGCUUUGCUUGAGCGAAUUGAAACUCUCGAUAAGCUUGAAUAGCCUUCCUACAUAAGUCUAUUUUAUAAAAAAUAGUUUAAAACAGAUAAACUGUCAUCUUCUUUUCUUUUCUUUUCCUCUCGUUUACACGAUGGAUCCCAAUCCUUUUCUCACCCUUUUCUUAAUACGUUUCCUUCUACUUUUAUCACUAAUACCUAAACUUUUAAUGUGUCGUCUAAAUAGUCUUUUAUUCAAUAUCUUUAUGUUUCA